AUGCGUUCCGUCUUCGCCCUCGGCAUCGCCGCCUUGGCCGGCUUCACUGCUGCUCAGACAACUCCGCAGAUGAACUACCCUUACACAAUCGACCCAGACUCCGUUCCCCAGUCCACCAGAGAUUACUGGUGCUCUCAGAACACGGCACAAUGCCCGCUCAUCUGUCUCCAGCAGCCUGGCGUCACCUCCAUGACUACAGAGGCAAAUGACUGCGAUGCCGACAACUUGACCUACAACUGCGUCUGCGACAAUGGUGUCUCUCCAAACAUUACCCAAUACUCCCAGACCCUGCCCUUCUUCAUCUGCCAGCAAUGGGGAAACAACUGUGUUGCCAACUGCGGCAAUGAUCCUUCCUGCCAGAGCGACUGCCGCCAGAACCACCCAUGCGGUGCCCAAGAGCCCUACCGCGGUAACACUUCUCUCCCAACUACCAUGUCCUCCACCGCAAAGCCUUCCGGUACCGCCAGCAACACCAUCCCAGUCACUGGUUUCGGUGGUGCCCAGUCCACCGGCACCAGCGACAGCGGCAGCGGCAACAAGGGCGCCGGCUCCCUCUUCAUGCCCAACGCUGGUCUGGGCCUGGCUGCUCUCUUUGGCAGUGUCUUUUUCGGCUUUGCCAUCCUCUUGUAA